AUGGCACAGCCGCAGGCAAGAGAUGGCGCUGGAGUCUUCAGCCCUCCCUCUCCUCACUCCUCCAAUGGAGCAGCAGAGUCUUGCAAGCAUGAUGGAACCCCAGACACACGCCUCACUGCUUUUUCGCCAGGAGAGAACUCGGCCAAGUCGACCAAGCCGAUGGCAACUAUCGCCUCAAGUUCAUCUGAUAGCGAUUCAACUAACUACUCGACGAAUCAGGCUAUUCUAUACCGGAGUGGUCAGUCCCCAAUUGAACGAGAUCCAUUCGUGUCAACAGAUACACCCGCAAGGAAACAGGAACAGAAGCUGUCUGCCACAGCAUCGGCUUUUCGCCCAUACAGCUCACCGCUCGUCGCCCAGGGAUCAGGUGAUGCAGCCUCGAAGGUUUCGCCAGACCAGGUAUCAUCCAUUCAACAGUCGAUUCUAUCAAUACCCACAACGUUGAGCACAGAAGGACUCCUUUCUCGAUGCAUCGUUGUAUCAUCCUCGUCUCAGCUCGUUGGUCAGAGCGAUGUUGAGCUGCUGCUUUUGAAACUGGGUCAGCUUGGUUCUCCAUGCCAAGGAACAAGGCGUAUCGUCGUCAAGGGUCCUGCUGCAUAUGUACGAUUCUCGAACAUCAGGGACUCAUGUAUGGUCCAUCGCAAUGUUCUACUCGGAGGACCUUCUUGGGUAGCCGGUUUUGUGCCACCGGUAGAAUUUGUACAGCUCACUGGAGCUAGCGAAAAUCCGACAACAAACCACGAGGGUCAGCUUGAUGUCUUCGCGGUCGGCAGAGCGGACUGUGAGCAACAAGUAGACUCUCUGGUUGCUGGACUUCUUUGUUCAGAGGGAGAGAUUUUUGCACUUCAGAAGGCUCCAAGCUCGGAGCGCUGCGUCUACAAAGCCGUAAUAGAGUAUACCGAUACAACUGUGGCUUUUGGCGUUGUUUCCAAGUACAACGGUAUCACUGUCAAUAACAUUACCAUUACAAUCACAUUUCGCCAGAGGGAAGGGCUCAGCCUUGCACCCGAAAUUCUUGGUGGCAUGACUACACCUAUCUCAACUCCAGUGGCAACCCCAAUCAGAUCAUCAGCUUUUCAGGAGUACGAGCAAGACAUUUUCUCAAACCUCUCUAUGAGCAAAACGCAGCAGUCAGCCGUCCCCCUCAACACUCCUGGAUAUCCACAAACUCCGCGAGUUGGCCUGCCACUUAGCCCACAAUACCCUCUCUAUCGGCCUAUGGUCUUCCAGCACUUCUCUGUGCCAACCCCAUACACACUGAACAGGAUUCCCGCCCAGAGCCCUCCCUCAUCGAGUAUCCCGGGCUAUUCAUGUGUCACGCCAAUCUAUUCCAGUCCACAAAGCCCGGUGAUCCUUUCCCCACAGCAAGAGUUUACGUCUCCCAGGCAGCUUCAAGGCUUCAGCCGGCCAGACAACCGCCGCCAGAAUGCGACGCGCGUACAUCGCUCUUCAUACUACAACGUUGCUGGGCACCAUAAUCAUGUAGAUGUCAACCGUAUCAGAGAAGGCACUGAUGUCCGCACAACUAUUAUGCUGCGAAACAUUCCCAACAAGGUUGAUCAGGCGAUGCUGAAGCGUAUCGUUGAUGAAUCAAGCUGGGGCAAGUAUGACUUUAUGUACUUGAGAAUCGACUUUGCCAACGAUUGUAACGUUGGAUACGCAUUCAUCAACUUUGUGGAUCCACUUGACAUUAUUGAUUUUGUCAACGCGCGUGGGAACCAGCGCUGGAACUGUUUCAAGAGCGACAAGGUCGCCGAGAUAUCCUACGCAACUAUCCAGGGCAAAGACUGCUUAGUGCAGAAGUUCCGCAACAGCUCGGUCAUGCUGGAAGCUGCUCAUUAUCGUCCCAAGCUCUUCUUCACUUCCAAUGGCCCGAUGCCCGAGUUAGCAGGGCAAGAGGAACCAUUCCCGGACCCUGACAACCAGUCAAAGAUGAAGAGAAGCUGUGAGAAUGCGGAGCACGUCGGACUGUUCACCCCCAACGCUGGUCAACACUUUCGUGAUGAGCAGCGUCGUCGUCGUUCCCAAUACGAUCGUGGAACUAGACUUGCAGCCCUUGAAGAAUACGACUACGAGACUGCAAUUCAGCACCUUUAUGUCGGACAAUGA